AUGAAUUACAUUUUAGUGGAACAUGAUGAAAGACUUUAAUUGUUGAUAAGCAUAGUGAAAAGAAUUAGAUCCAAUACUGUUGUAGUCUUCUCUGAAAAUUAAAUUAAUGUAAUUAUAUUCCACUAUUUAGUUUUUGCAAGAGUUGUCUAUUUUGAUGGGAAUAAAAACAGAUUUCAGAACAUAGUAUACUCCAAGAAUUUAAACACAUCAUAUUUUAUUUAAAAACCUUUCGGGAUUUCAAUUAAAAUACUAAAAUGUCAGAUGA